CUUUAUUAUUAAUAGUAACUUAUAUUAUUAAGUACUCUAAUUACCAUGUACAAAUUAAUUGCGCUAACAGUGCUACUCUCUGUCCAGAUAUGCCUAUCUGUGCACCCGUGGGAACAGGAGAAAGAGGACGGGUAUGGUAUGGGUAAACACACUGAGUUCGUCCAAUACACUAAGGAUAAUAAGAGCAAGAUUAAGGCCGUGUUUUACGGCGCCUCCAUUUGCGAGUACUUCGGUCAGGCGGGUCAACACAUAUGGGCGAAACGGUAUGAGCCGAAGGGUGCGGCCAACUAUGGCAUCGGUGGCGACACUACGCCCGGCAUGUUAUGGCGAUUCAACAACCAUGAGUUGGACGGACUGAAGCCCAAGGUGUUUGUCCUAACCAGUGGGCACGCCGAGAACUAUCUGGAGAAUAAUCCGGGCACUUCUGCCGCCGAUAUACUAAAAGGACAGUUAGAGACCAUAAAGGAGUUGAGGGCUAAGUUCCCGGAGGCAAAGGUCAUUCAGAUGGGACACACCCCUUAUGGGUCACACCUCCAGGAAUACAAUGAGACACAAAAAGUGAACGAAGAGCUCAAGAAGAUUGACGACGGAAAGGAUGUCUUCUAUUUCGAUAUAACUAAGGAAAUGUUGGAUGAUCAGGGUAAACAAAUUGCUGAUAUGUUCCAACCUGACCGUGAACAUUUCACGGAAAAGGGAUAUCAAGUAUGGGACGACGCUAUGGGCGAACUGUUUGACAAACUCAUGAAAUAA